GCACAAAUUAGUCAUUCGAUCAUCGUUCGGGUCGUCGCCGCGUAGUUUAUUAAAAUCACGGUGUAACCAAAACCGCAACAAGAAACAAGAUAAGCAUUUUGAGCCAGGUCUCCUAAAACGCACAGCCCAGCGAAAUGUCCAACCCAGAAGCAGGAAACUCCAACGGUUUUCCUAAAUUACCACCUCCGCCAACGGACAGCACGCAGCCGUCGUCGGGUGCCACCGCCAACAACAAUGCGGGCAACAAUCGGCUGAAGCAAACGCAGGCCCAGGUGGACGAGGUCGUCGGGAUAAUGCGCGUCAACGUCGAGAAGGUGCUCGAGCGGGACCAGAAGCUCUCGGAGCUGGACCAACGGGCCGAUGCGCUGCAGCACGGGGCGUCACAGUUCGAGCAACAGGCCGGCAAGCUGAAGAGAAAACAGUGGUGGGCCAACAUGAAAAUGAUGAUCAUCAUGGGGGUCAUCGGAGUUGUGCUGCUAAUAAUCAUCAUUCUUUCCAUCAUUUAUUAAAAAGAAACAUAUAACAUUAUCACAAAAACGCACACCACCGUGCCCCGUGUGUGGUUGUUCCGAUUCAAAGGUUUAUUACUUUUCGACGCUUUUAUACGUUUUGAACGUGUGCGCCACGUUUUGUACGCUCGACUAGAAGUCUAUGUUCCCCUAGAGAGAGAGAAAGAGGCCACAGAAACCAUAUGUGAACCUUCCUUCGUCCAAAAACAGCCACGGAAUAGCCGUGGCGCUGCCUUAGGUCCCCUUGGUGUACUCUGUAUUGCAGAAAGAGAAGCAAUUUCACCGACACACUCCGUGUCAAUCUAUUGUUUUAGAUGACAUUCUACGCACAUUCUAUCGUCCCUUAAGACGCGGUUCAAGUGGUUAGAACGCGAGAAAGUAGUUAAGCGACCACCCCAUUAGCCCUGGGUCUUCCCGUUGGUUGGUAGAGGAACACACGAAACAAAAUGCCGUGUUGCCCCCAAUUCACAUUAUCAAUGUUUAAAUGUUUAUGUCAUUGUUACAUCGGUGAGCGAUAGCAAAUAAUAAUACUUGCAAUUUAUACAACGCAACAAAACACGUCCUUAUUGAAUAUACAAACGUUCAUAAAACAUUAGUGUCGCACGUCGCGGGAUUGGGUUGGUUUGAAGACCAUACGGUUAAGCUUCAUUGAAAAAGCGGAAUCCGAAAAGCGUCGACAAGCGAGGAUUAGUUUAAGAAAAGCGUUUUGUAUAUAUCUAUGCGCAUCGUCAUCAGUAUCAUCAUCACCAUCCAUUGUGUUGUGACACAUUUAUUCGUAUCUACGGAGGGGAAUCAUUAUAGCGCCACGGUGUCCCAGUACAGCCCGCAUUUCGCUUCAAGGACUGUUAAAAGCCUAUCCACAUUGGACCGAUUGGAUUAGUGGGUUCUUCAUCUCCCCCGCCGGGUGGUUGAUGUGUUCGUUGAUCCAUAUUUAUUACGUGCGCCCCUCCGCUGGCUAAGCGGGGGGUUCUAGCCGCCGGCGAAGAGGUGUACCUGGUUCCACAUGAAUACUCUAAUGGCAAACCGCUUCUUUGCUUCUUUCCACAAACGCCAC